AUGUCACAUUUUCCUAAGGACUUGAACUUUGUGAACCACACUAGUUACAUUGGCUGGAAAGAGAGGUUGAAGCCAGUUAUUGUUGAUCCAGGACUCUAUCUUGUGGAGAAAACCGAUAUGUUUUUCGCUUCACAGAAACGGGAAUUGCCUAAGGCUUUCAAGUUAUUCUCAGGUCCAUCUUUCUCCAUGUUAAGCCGUAAUUUUAUAGAGCACUGUGUCUUGGGCACUGACAACUUCCCUCGGACUCUACUCAUGUACUUGUCCAACACACCUGAUUCCCUCUCCAACUACUUCCCAACUAUCCUCUGCAACUCAAGUCUCUUCAAAAAGACCAUCAUCAACAACAACUUACUCUACGUAGCUUCUAACGAGACUGUUAAAGAAAGAUACCACCGGCUUGAUCCUAAAGAGUUCACAGAAAUGGUUGAAACCGGAUCAGCAUUUGCAAGUGGAUUCAGGUCCGAUGACCCUGUCCUUGAUCGCAUCGAUCAUGAACUUCUGGGACGGAAACACGGUGAAGUUGUGCCUGGUGGUUGGUGUUUGGGAGAUUCUGGUAAGAACAGCAGCUCAUGUUCCGUCUGGGGUGACUCGGGCAUUCUAAGGCCUGGUUCUGGUUCUGAUAGACUUGAGAGACGGAUUGUUAAGUUAUUGUCAAACGAUUGGUUCAGAUCGCACCAAUGCAUAUCCGAAUAAAUCCU